AUAUUUUUUAUUCCCUUUCCCACCUCCAAACAUCAAUGGCUUCUUCAUAUCUUCGUGUUUGUUUAUCUGGGUUGGGUGAUUGCUAAUUGGGUCUGCUUUUUGGUCCUAUAAAAGCUUCCUCUGUCUCUGAGAGGUGUUCAGGGGCUAGCUUGCUCUGUUCUGUUCUGUUUUGUGUUAGCCCAUGUGGGCAAAUUAGCAGACGGAGAAUUCAGAUCUCGAGGGGGUGUUUGGGUGAAUCUGAAAAUGAGUUUUGGGAUUUGGAGGAUGGGGUUGUGUAUUUGGGUGUUUUUUUUGAGUUGGGGUUUCGUGGUUAGUGCAAAUGGAGCAGAGGAGGUGAAUGGAAGUGUUGAAGGGACAGUUGUGAUCCAUGGGAAGGUUCCCAUUGGAAGAACAGACAAGAACUUCAUUUGUGCCACUUUGGAUUGGUGGCCUGAUCAGAAAUGUGACUAUGGCCAUUGCAGCUGGGGUCAUGCCUCUCUCCUCAACCUGGAUCUAAGCAACACUAUCUUAUUAAAUGCUGUAAAAGCUUUUUCGCCACUGAAGAUCAGGUUAGGUGGCACUCUGCAAGAUAAAGUCAUAUAUCAGAGUGAAGAUGGCAGACAACCCUGCACUCCAUUUUCCAAAAAUGAGUCCGCCAUGUUUGGCUUCACCCAAGGGUGCUUGCCCAUUCAUAGAUGGGAUGAACUGAAUUACUUCUUCAACAAAUCAAGGGCUUUGGUUGUUUUCGGGUUAAAUGCUCUCACCGGAAGAUCAAUACAGUCCGAUGGCUCCACGGCCGGAGCUUGGGACUCCAGCAAUGCUAGAGGUUUUAUGCAUUAUACCCAUAAGAAGGGAUACACCAUUCAUGGUUGGGAGCUAGGAAAUGAGCUGAGUGGUGGUGGAAUUGGAACAAGCAUUGCAGCAAAUCAGUAUGCUUCUGAUACAAUCUCUCUUAAGAAGCUUGUGCAAGAUAUCUACAAAGAUUCUAAACACAAGCCAUUAGUCAUAGGGCCUGGAGGAUUCUUUGAUGAUGGUUCUUCAGACUGGUUCGAAGAAUUCAUAAAUAAAACAAGUAAAUCCCUAGAUGUGGUCACUCGCCACAUAUAUAAUCUCGGUGCAGGAGUCGAUGAGCAUCUCAUUGGAAGGAUUCUUGAUCCAUCGUACCUUGAUCGCGAAGCUGAUACAUUCAACAAUCUCCGAAACAUUCUCAAGAAAUCUAAAACUAACACAAAGGCUUGGGUUGGUGAGGCAGGAGGGGCUUACAACAGCGGCCAUGAUAGAGUAACCAACGCUUUUGUGUUCAGUUUCUGGUAUUUGGACCAGCUUGGAAUGGCAUCAGCUCACGAUACAAAAACAUACUGCAGACAGACAUUGAUUGGGGGAAACUAUGGUUUACUCAAUACAACUACGUUUGUACCAAAUCCAGACUAUUACAGUGCUCUUCUAUGGCACCGAUUGAUGGGAAGAAGGGUUUUGGCAACCAGCUUUAAUGGGACAGAUAAAAUACGUGCAUACACUCAUUGUGCUAAACAAUCUAAAGGGAUCACAUUACUAUUGCUCAACCUAGAUGGCAACACUACCGUUCAGGCCAAUGUUACUCACACAUGGACAUUGAAACAAGAACAUGGAAGAAGAUACACAAGAGAGGAAUACCAUCUAACAGCGAAGGAUAGGAAUUUACACAGCCAAACCAUGCUGCUUAAUGGAAAAAUUUUAACUGUAGAUGCAUUUGGGAACAUACCUGCCUUGCAGCCUCAACAUGUAAAUCCAUUGACUCCCAUAAAGAUCGCACCUUUCUCUAUUUCAUUUGUUCACCUGCCAAAUAUUGUUCUCCAUGCUUGCAGAUAGGGUAGGGCCAGUAGGGAACUGAAGCAGAUCCACAUGGAUAUUUGGUCUAUAAAGAAACAGAAUACAAUGCAAAUUUUUCAUUUUUGUUUUACAAGAAAUAAAAUGCAAAUUUUUUGGUUAGAAA